GGUAUCUGCACAACUCUUAAACGUGUUGUUUUGGGAUUACAUCACUACAUCGUCAGAGGGUGCUCAGUCUGAGAAAGCAAGAAGAGCAGUAUCAGUCUCCAAAUGCCAUUGAUCCUUAGACUGCAAGAGCUACAGUUACAAGAAAGGAGACACUAGAGCUCCAUUGACUGGUUGGCAUACAGAACAAGACAACUUUCUGCUGGGCGACAGACAGGCAUCAUGACACAGGGAAAGCUGUCACUUGCAAACAAGACCACCAGUGGCUCCGCCAGUGGAGAGGCCUUAGUGUUACCAACUCCUCCCAGCUAUGAGGAAGCUACUGCAAGCACCAGCGCUCCUUGCUACAGUGAUGUUGAGAUGCUUACAGAGUUCACCUGGGAUGAUCGCAACAUUAGGCGGGUUUUUAUCCGUAAGGUGUAUUCCAUCUUGAUGAUCCAGCUGUUGGUCACUCUUGCUAUUGUGGCUAUUUUCACAUUUUGUGACCCUGUGAAGGACUACAUUCAAGCCAACCCUGGGUGGUACUGGGCCUCUUAUGCGGUGUUCUUUGUCACAUACCUGACUCUAUCUUGCUGCUCUGCACCAAGGAGACAGUUUCCAUGGAAUCUGAUUCUGCUUGCCAUCUUUACCCUCUCCCUCUCCUACAUGACAGGGAUGUUGUCCAGUUUCUAUAACACUAAGUCAGUAGUGAUGUGUCUGGGCAUCACAGCAGCAGUCUGUCUCAUUGUCACAGUCUUCAGCUUCCAAACCAAGUUUGAUGUGACACAAUACCAUGGCGUGCUCUUCAUCUUCUGCAUGGUCAUGUUCGUUUCUGGACUGAUGCUGGCAUUUGUUCUUCCUUUUCAAUAUGUACCUUGGUUGGAUGCCACCUACGCUGCCUUGGGAGCUAUAUUGUUUACAAUGUUUUUGGCAUUUGACACCCAACUCCUCAUGGGGAACAAACGGUACAGCAUGAGCCCAGAAGAGUACGUCUUUGCCACUCUCAACAUCUAUCUGGAUGUCAUCUAUAUCUUUUCCUUCUUCCUCCAAAUUUUUGGAACAAAACAAGAGUAACCCAUCACUUCACCUUUCUGAGCCACAGAUGAGGGAUGCACCAGUAUGGAAAUUUAGGCAGACAUUAAGAGUCUUAAGAUUUUGGCGAUUGUAGUGACAGUGUUUACAACUGUAACAGCUUUAAUUAUUUAUUUAUUUUGCCUGAUACUAAUAAGGUCACAAAUACUUUGUGAAUCUUUUGUGUAGCUACACAUGUACACAGAUGUACGUAAUGUCUGUUCCCUCCUCUCUAGCAUGUUGGGGAACCCAUACCACAUUAUGGGGAUAGCUUACCAGCUUUACCAGACGCAUUCAGUGAUUCACAAUCUUGCUCCAUUUAAUAUAGAUAAAACUUUCUGAGUGUCCAUAUCAGGCUUAAUGGGUGUCUUAUAUACAUGUUUACAUUGGUAUCUCGAAUCCCCAGAAAUCAGUAGAUGUUGUUGCUCUUGAAGACGUAUUCGAUCUACAGUAAAUUAUGCAUGACUAAUUAUGCCAAGUACAUUCAUCCCUUCAUUGGAUUACCACUGUGGGUGUUGAUUUAGUGACUGAGAGAACAAACGUAACUGUAAAAAAGACAAAGAAUUUUCCUGUUUUCAGUUAUAUCCUAUGGAAUUUUCCUGUUUUCAGUUAUAUCCAAUGUUGUCUCAGUUCUGUUACUAAUUAUAAGAAAUCACAGCAGUUUUCUGGCUUUUGAAUGAUAAAUUAUUUAUUGAAUUUGAUGUCGUUAAUCAUCUCUUCCUUGAUUUAUUACUCAUAUUCAUACUGAUCAAUAUGUUAAUUUUGUUUCGUCAGUUUAACUAUGAAGCUGUCAUUCACUGCAUUCGCAUUGUUGCAGUGCUUGUUAUUAGGGUGUCAGUUAUGUGUGAUUGACCCUGAAAUCAUUUGAAUGAAGCUUGUUAGGAUUUAUUUAUUUACUUACUAAUGAUGAGAGAUGUUUUAAAUUUUGGUUAUGGACAUUAUAGUUUGUGGUCCAAAUAUUAUUUAAAUGUAUUCAGUUUGAAGUGACAUGUGAUAAUUAAAUAUUUACAUGACAGUGCCAUACAUGCAUGGAUUUACUGUAACCUUUGAUAAGGCCUACAUUUGUGGAUGGGCUUAAAUGCUAUAUUUCAUGACAUCUGAACUUUAUUUUUUAUGACAGAAGUAUAUAUUUGAGAAGAUUUGUGAGAUUGAAUUGAAUUUAUGUCUUCUAAAGUGGCCUUGGAUUACCUUUGUUUGAUGAAAGUGCUGCAGUAGUAUUUUCUUUCAAAAGGACCAUGCAUUUCACUGUAGUAUUGGUGUUACUGUGUUAAUUUAUUAAAAGGGCAAUAUGAAUG